AUGAUCGCGGCAGAGGCCGGACGAAAUGCCAAAUACCUCAAGGGGCGACCGCGCGUCGUGCAGAAGUUCACUAGAGACAGGAUCGCUGGCAACGAUGACGUCGUCAAGGUGGUGAUCAUGGUGGACGGCGACGACGCUGGAGAGAAGGUGCUUCGGAUGUCAGCAUUUGGCCAACUUGCCUUUGGUGGCAAGCACGUGGCCAAGCACAUGUGCAACGUCUUGCAGGCGAUUGGUUUGUCGUCUGGCGAGAACGAGUACUAUGCCAUAGGCGCGAGUAGAUGCGCAGGACGCGGCAUCAAGGGUAUGUUAGAGGACUGGAAUGUGGCGUGCAAGCUGAAGGUCAAGGCAGAGGGCGUGCCCAUCGAGGGCUGGGUGGAGUGGAUCCGCGGCCAGCUGGCGCCCGAGGACGACCCUGGCAGUGCACCCGCCAUCCCCGUGCAACAGGAGGUGGGCGCGGCCGCCGGCGACAGGGCCGCAGGCGGGCCCAUGCCGGCGCUGGGCCUCAUGGCGCUCACGACGGCCGCGAGCACCCCCACGCCCUCGGGGCAGGGAGCCAGGUUCCAGACCAUCGUCCACGCUUCCGGCGCCGUGACGGCGAGGCCCUCCCUCGUCGCCGCGGCCACCGCCCCGGCGGGAGGCGGCGUGCCGCCUGCGAGGCCCGCCAACGACCCCUUGGGCCCCACGCGCCCGGUGCCCGCGGUGAGCAGCGGCGCGCGGCUGGCCCCCUGGAGCGGGGGCGGCGCCUGCGCCGGCGGCACCGUGCCCGCGGGAGCGGCGCAGGGCGCCUCGCCGCCCGUGGUGUUCCGGCCCGGGCAGGCGGGCGCCUGCGCCGGAGGGGCGGCGGGCCAUUCGCAGCCCGCCGGCGGCUACGCCACGUACGUGAGACCGCAGGGGGCGCCGGCCCCGCACGCGCCGGCGGCGCCGGGCGGAGGCCCGGGCGGCCAGGCUGGCGCGGCGAGAGCCUGA